AAUUUUAGAAGGGAUAUUAUUUCGAGUCAAUCGAUCAUUUUAUUAUUAUUUCAUCAUAGAUAAUGAUAAGAGAUCGAUCGAAUGAAUUUAAGCAAAAAGCUGAUCAAUUUACAACAGAUGAUGAUGAUAAUGCAUUCAUAUCAAUUGAUAUUGAAUCAAAUAUCAGUGUCACACGGGGUGGGUCAUUUUUUGCUGAAAUUGAUGAAAUUCGAAAUUUGAUGGCAAAAUUAUCAGACGAUGUUGCAAGUAUGAAAAUGCAGCUAUGUUCAAUUUUAGCUAAAACUAUCGUUGAUAGCAAUGAAAAGGAAAAACUGGAUGAAUGUAUGGCCGGAAUAAAGCAUCGUUCCGGUUUAUUACGAAAGAAUUUAUUAGCAAUGAAACAGGAUGUGAAAAAAACGGAAGGUGAAAAAAUUACUGGAAUUAAUGAACGCAUCCGGCAAUAUCAUAUUGAAGCAUUAUUAAAAAAGCUUUCGGAUUUAUUGGAAAUAUUUAAUGCUGCUCAAAUGGACUAUCGAGCACAAGUUGCAAGUUUGUUUUUCUUUUUCUUUUUCCUUUUGUACAAAAUUAUCAUUAAUUCUGAUUAG